CAUUUUAAUGAAUGACAUUGAAAACAGCCUUUGCGCAAAUUAAAUACUUCACGUCUAUAUCCAUUGACGUCUUCACCAGUGAGGGUAGCAUAUCUCUUGUCUUUGGAACACACUGCCUGGAAAAGGCUACAUAUGUGAAAGACGGCCAAGAAGUCCGUGGAAACAAUGAUUGGCAGCCAAGGCAGCGUUAGCAGAGUAUUAAUGAUAUACCUCGAUUUAUAUAGAUCACGGAUGUUCCUGUAACGUAUUAUCAGGAGCAUUUUAUUGUCGUUUGAUCAUUAUUACUUUUUGGACAUUAUUGUUAUUACAAUUACCAUUAUUGUCAUUAUUGUCAGCAUUUUAAUUACCAUUCUUUAUGUUAUUGUUCACCCGGUCUCUGUCGCCAGAUGGUGGACGCCAAUCAGAAGGGGGACGUGGACCAAGCCAUCGCGUGGAUGCGGGAGCUGGCGCCCUUCAAGCCCAAGUGGAUCGAGGAGCCCACGACCCCCGAUGACGUCCUGGGUCACGCUGCCAUAGCUAAAGCCCUCAAGCCCCUGGGCAUCGGCGUGGCCACGGGGGAGAUGUGCCAGAACCGCGUAGUCUUCAAGCAGCUACUGCAGGCAGGCGCGCUCUCCUACUGCCAGAUCGAUGCAUGCCGGCUGGGCGGAGUGCAGGAGGUGCUGGCCGUGUACCUCAUGGCCAAGAAGUUCAACGUGCCGGUGUGCCCCCACGCGGGCGGUGUGGGCUUGUGUGAGAUGGUGCAGCACCUGCAGAUAUGGGAUUACAUCAGCUUUUCAGUCUCAUCGGAGGACCGACUCAUCGAGUAUGUUGACCACUUGAUGGAACAUUUCAAGUUUCCGAGGAAGAUCAAGAACUGCCACUAUACAGCGCCCCCUACACCUGGGUACAGCGUGGCCAUGUGGGAGAAGAGCCUGGCCGAUUACGAGUACCCAUACGGCUCGGCGUGGAAGGAGCUGUUUGCCGAUGGCACGUACCAAGACCCGCGCACGGCGCCCCUACCUUGGAUCGAGCACCGAGAACAAGACACCUGCAUCACAGGGCGAUAG